AUGGAUACUAUCAUCAAGACCUUCGCGCCGAUAGCGAUAAAAGAAGUCACCGCUUACCUUUCGAAGAAAGCCACAUCUCCAUCAACCGAAUUGGCAAAGGCAGCAUAUGAGGGUAAUACAAGCGCAGUCAAAAAUAUUCUUUCCCAAGAUCACCUGAUAGAUAUGGCACCAGCACUCGUCGCGGCUAGUAGUGCAGGAAAAAUGGAGGUUCUUGAUAUUCUCCUUGAUCCUCCACGUCGUCCACGAUCAGAAAGUUCCCGCCAUAAGGAUGUAGUAAAGAAAACAGACGUGAAUGUGUGGUCGCAACAUAUUACGCCUCUGAUAGCGGCAGUGCAAACACAUCAUGUGAAAACAACUGAUUUAUUACUGGAGGCUGGAGCUGACACUUCGAUGGCACCAAAAGGCGGAGAGACUGUUCUUCAUAUCGCGGCGAGGAUCGGAGAUUUGGAAAUGGUGAAGCUUUUGGUAGAAUAUGAAGCAUAUUUGGAGGCCAAAGACGGUUGGGGUAAUACACCACUCCUCUCUGCCUCUAGAUGGGGCCAUCCGCAUACAAUCAAAUAUUUGUUAGCAAAGGGAGCAGAUAUUGAAGCUAGGGAUAUGAAAGGCUCUACAGCAUUAUUAUUGGCGUGUCGACACGAUUGUGUUGAGGCUGUGAGAGUCUUGAUUAAUAGCGAUGCAAAUGUAAGAGUCAGGGACAAAAAGGGAAGAGGUCCAUUACAUCGAGCGAUCGCUGGAGUUGACUUCAUUGAUGGAGUACAUGCCAAAGUGAAGGAGGAUAUGGUAAGACUAUUGAUAAAUUCAGGUGCAGAUCCAAAGGCGAGAGAUAAGGAAGGAAAAAGACCUGCGGAUAUGGUUGGAUUUUUAAGGGGUGGAGAUGGGGUGAGGCGUCUGUUAAGCUCUGGAAGUGUGCCGCAUUCUAGAGAGAGGACGCCAGAACACAGUAGGCAUGGAAGUCGGACAGGAUCUCCCUAUGGUGAUAGAUCUCGACAUUCUCAUGAGCCUAGUCAUCAUAGUUCUAGGAAAGAUCAACAUCUGUCGCCUUUAGCUGGUGAUGUGAUGACCGGCUAUGAUCGGGACUGA